AAAAAGAUUUUCCUCAUUUUUCCAUUGCUCCAUUUGCCAAUAACUUUAAAUCUGUGCCCUCUCGUUCUUGUUCCUUCCACCAAUGGGAACGGUCUCUGCCCAAUCUCCUCUGUCCAGGCCCUUCUCCAUCUUGAACACCUCUAUCAAAUCUCCUCUCAGCCUGCUCUCCUCCAAGGAAAACAGUCCCACCUUCUCCAAUCUAUUCACAAAACUGAAGUUCCUCAUCCCUGGAACCAUUCUUGUGACUCUCUGCAAUGCCUUCAUAUCCUUCCUAAAGCAUGACUCUCUCUUGAUCUCUUUCAGGCAUUCCCGCACUCCUUUGCCUGUGCGUUUGCUCUCCCCAUUUCUCUCUCUCUCUCUCUCUCCUCCCGCUCUCUCCUUGUUCCUAUCUACCAGUUCACUGGAAUGACUGCACCUGGAGGGCUCCCCAGUACCACUAUUUAAUGGGUUUCUCGGUGACUUGCUUUUCAGGUAUUAAUCGGAAGAACAAUGUGCCUCUGACAUUAGUGAACGUGAAGAAAGCUUCCCAGAAAUGGGAGAAGACGGAGCAGGAUCUAGAGAGUUCGGAAAUCUUCAAUGAGCGCGAUUAUGUGGAGGCCCUUGGAGCAGGCAACCCAGGUUGCCAGGGUGACUCGAGUGGUGACGUGGCUGCAGCCGGCCGGGCGGUAUUUGCCUUUCCAACCAUCAAAAAGGCAGACAAGAUGGCAAAGCUGGCCUCUGAACUCGCCCAGACUCCCGGGAAAAGUGUAACGUUCUGUGCAGCUGACAGGCGAUUGACAACGGAUCAGAUCAGGAAUCAAGGACAGGCGAUCCAGAGCAAGACCCCGUCAAAGGGGAAGAGGCAGUUUGUGUCGACAACCCCCUACAGACUGAGGAAACGUCUGACCAACUCGGCUGAUUUGAGUAGCGGCAGCGAGAGCGAUUACUCCUCAUCAGACUCCGAGAGUGGACAGGAACGUUCCCCAGGAGGAGUCCCCAAUCCCAGACCCAUGCCGGAAAGAGCAGCGACUCCAGCCAAAACGCCGGUUAAGAAAUCCAGGAAAGAGGCCCAGCCCAGCGAUGUUGAGCUGUACUUCGAAGCUCACAGCAGUUCAAAGGUCCUGACCUCUGAUCGCACGUUACAGAAGCUGCGGACCCCGAAGCUGGAUCAGGAGGCCAUGACGAGGCUGCUGAGUGACGACCGUUCACCCUUUGCAGGUGAACUCAGGCAGCUCAAAGAGGAACAUGAGCGACUUUUCCACAAAUGGAUGCUGCAGACACAAUUGGGGUUCAGCCUCGUGUUGUAUGGCCUCGGCUCCAAGAGGGAGUUGCUGGAGGACUUCCGCUCUCAGAUGUUGGAAGGGAUAGUCCACGUGGUGGUGAAUGGAUUUUUCCCGAGUAUUACCCUUAAAUCCAUUCUGAACUCCAUAACAGAGGAGGUUUUAGGAAAUGAAGGAAGCUUCCGGAACCCCAUGGACCAGCUCGACUUUAUCGUCAGGGCAUUUAAAGAGGAUUCCUCACUGGAUCUUUAUCUUCUCAUCCAUAACAUCGAUGGGCAGAUGCUGCGGGGGGACCGGAACCAGCAGAUACUGGGCCAGCUCAGUGCCAUUCCUGGCAUCCACCUCAUCGCAUCCAUUGAUCACCUGAAUGCCCCUCUGAUGUGGGAUCAGACGCGAAGCUGCCUCUUUAACUGGCUGUGGUAUGAGGUGACGACCUUUAGACCCUACACGGAGGAGACCUCAUACGAGAACUCGCUGCUGGUGCGACAGUCGGGAACCUUGGCGCUGAGCUCGCUGACUCACGUACUCCGCAGUCUCACUCCCAACGCCAGGGGAAUAUUUAAGCUCUUGGCUCAGUUUCAGUUGGAGAACAAGGAUAACUCGUCCUAUCCAGGCUUAUCCUUUCAGGAUUUCUACCAGCGAUGUCGCGAUGACUUCCUGGUGAAUAGCAACCUCACCCUGCGGGCACAGCUCACCGAGUUUCGAGACCACAAACUCAUCAGGAAUAAAAAGGGUGCUGAUGGUGUCGAAUACCUCAUCAUCCCCAUCGACGUGGCAACACUGAGUGACUUCUUCGAAAUGGAGGACAAGGAGACUUAGAUUGAAGGGGAAGAUCCCUGGGAAUCGAUAACCAAACGGCUGCAGAAUUCCAGGAACAAAUGGGGAAAUCCCAGGCUCCAGUCGCCAGAAGAUCUUCAGUGCCUUGUGCCCGAUGUGAGGGAUCAGAAUGGAAAUCUGUACUCCAGUAAGCUUAUUUCCCAAGUUACUGGUAACCAGGCUAACCCUCUCACCUAUAUUCGAAUUCCUGGAGCAUGGUUAGAGGGCGGACCGCGAAUACUUUCACCUUUUUGCAGGUUGAUAUUUUGGGUGGUCUGUUUUGACCUAAUCUGGUGAGAUAUUCACUGUGUUUUACUGCUCUAUCUCUGAUAAAACCUGAUUAUUUGUUUACUGACGUCACAUGGCUGCUGUUAUUUGCAAAGUUUUUUAAAAAAAAUAAAUAAAUAAAUUUCUAUUAAA